UACAAACAUCGAACACAGUGUGUACGUGUGAAAUUCAAGCAAAAUAACUUGAAAAUAUUCCUGAUUGCCGUCGUCGUACCCAUGAUCUAUUUCGUUUUAUUUUAAAUUAAAAACGUUUAAAUAAUAACUUUUGAGUUAAAAUAGUUUAUUAUAGAUGUUGUGAAACAAAAUAAGUGUUACAAUUUUAGUAUGGAAUAUCAUUAUUCCGACCUUUGUAUGCCGACGGAUCAUCUGCUUACUGGGCCAUAUACUGCAGACUAUGCUCCGCAAUACUUACCACCGAAACAAGCUGCUGAGUAUGAGGUCCGAGCAAGUGUGCUGGUCGACGGCGGUGACAGGUUUGGGGUGUCAGCGGUGGUCUUUGAUAAGUAUGAAGAACUUAUAUGGAUGGGGAACCAGGGAGGUCACGUAACAUCAUACUACGGUCCGGGCAUGCAAAAGUACACGUCAUUCCAAGUCCAUGAGUCAGAGGAAGUAAGGGACAUCAUAACUGUUGAACAAGGCAUUUUUGCUCUCACCAAGACUUCUUUACGCCAUCAAAUACGACGAGGAAUUCCAAAACGUACUUUCAAGUCACCCAACAUGACAGACAUGCAGUGUAUCUUCCAAGUGAGUUCUACAAAGCUGAUGAUGGGCGGCCAUCAAGACAAACUCAUUGAUCUGGAUCUCAAUAAAAUGGCUGAGACGGCUAUUCCAAUCCAGGAAGAGGGUUGUGCAGUUCUCCGAAGCGGCGGCGGUUCUCUAGUCGCAUGCGGCAGUGCCAACGGCAUGGUAGCUCUACGUGACAUACGAACCCCGAACGCAACUGAACACACCUUCAGAGCUCAUUCUGCUUGCUUGUCGGAUCUGGAUAUGCAAGGAGACCUGCUUAUAACUUGUGGAUUUACUCAGUCCGUGGGCAUGGCGGUAGCGGAGCCCUACGUGUUAGUGUGGGACGUGCGCAGUCUCCGCGGCGCUUCAGGCUCGGGCGCCUGGUCACUGCCCACGGUGUCGCCGCCAUUACUACUACAUUUCGUACCCGCCUUCUCGGGCCGGGCUGUAGCGUUGUCCGGCGAUGGACACGUGGCCUUACUUCAUGUAAACGCCCCUAAUGCCGCUGAACAGUCUACUUUUCAGGUGGACACUCAAAGUUCAUUGUGCAGUGUAAUGGACGUAUCUUCCACGAGUCAGGCGUUAGUGUUCGGCGACCAAGCGGGACAUCUGCAUUUGUUCUCACCGCAGCACAACCAUGAACCGGUUUUCAAUAACUUUUCAAGAGCAACAGAGUUCGCGGAUCAAGUGGUAGGCCUGCCGUACGUGGGUCUGAGCGACACAAGCUUCCAGUUCGCGACGGUGCCUUUACCUCCGCUCUCGUCCGGCAACAGAUGGUUCAACGAAUUACCACAGGAGUUCUUUAAGAAGAUUUAUAGAAAACCAAAGCCGAUCGACCCCGAAGUAUUGAAAUCCAUGAAAAUGCAAGGACCCAUUGGAUACGCGCCGAACCCUCGAACGUUCAAAAGGAAUCAGAUGCCGUACAUAGAAGAUAAUUUCGAAGAUUUGCACGCAGCAAGACAGAACGAAAAUAAAUAUGUUGCUCAGCCAAUACCCAAGCAUUAUCAAAAGCUAGAUAUACGCUACAAUAAACACGGUCCGAACGAAGAGUUAGAGAAGUGUAAUAAAACAGGUCUUCCAGGAUUAGAAACUACGUUGCCUAAUUCAUAUUGUAAUUCUAUGUUACAGGUUUUAUAUUACACGUUGCCGGUAAAAGCGACCCUCUUAGCACAUACAUGUGCCAAAGAAUUUUGUCUCAGUUGCGAAUUGGGGUUCCUUUUCAGGAUGUUAGACACGUCUGGCGGGGCGCCGUGUCAGGCGAACAACUUCCUCCGCGCCUUCCGCACCGUGCCCGAAGCGGCCGCGUUAGGGCUUAUAUUGCCGGACCGCGGGGCAGAUUCCAGGGUUGAUUUAGUUGCUUUGAUACAGAGUUGGAACCGCUUCAUUCUCCAUCAAAUUCAUUACGAAAUACUCGAGACCCGAAAAAAGGAAAAGGCUCUACUAGUUAACAGUCCGCCUAAGCCCGUUCGUAUUCCCAAUAUGAACGUAAAAGUGAGGCCGGUACCUCAAAUGAAUGGACAAUAUACUGAAGAGUAUCAGUAUACGGAGUUAGAGUUCUUGGGACCGGCUACUGAGUUUGAAUGUCAAGAAGAGUUGAGAGAAGAUGGGUGGACUGCUAGGGAAGAUGUAGCUAUCUUAUUUGGGACGCCAGAUUAUGGAGGAGCAGGUGAUGCGGAUAAUGUACCGGUAGACAAUCAUGAGUUGUCGAACAGUCAGCAGGCAGAUAGGGAGGAGUCGGAGAUAUCACAGCUCUUCGCUAUUGGCCGACACCAGCUUAAUAGAUGCUUGAAGUGUAAUAAAGAGGAGGGUCGCGAGUCAGUAGUGCUAGCCUGCGCCCUGCAGUACCCGGGCGCAGUGCGCGAGGGCCCGGAGCCUCGCGGCGGCUUCCUGGAGCUGGUGCGGGCGUCGCUAGCGGCUAGACGCAGCACUCCCGCCUGGUGCGAACACUGCUCUAGGUUCACUCCUACUGUGCAGAGAGGGAGGAUUGUAAGAUUACCACCAAUAUUAGCAAUUAAUUGUGGUGGCGCUACUGUAAGAGAAAAAGCCUACUGGGCGAAAGGCGCGCAAAAGGAAAUGCCGGAGCCCAAAAGAGGUGGUGGAGGCAAGCCGUGUCGAUACGGACUGCACUGCGCGAGACCAGGGUGUCACUUCAAACAUCCUGAUAGACCGAGUCCACAAGCAGGUUCAUCGAAGAGUCCAACGCAAGAAUCGAACUGUGUACUUCCCCAACAGCUACUUAUAAGACUGCAAUCCGAUGGUGACGUUGUUAUUAAUGAUAAGGUGGAAUCCCCAGAACCGCACACUCCGAACAACAGACCAGAUAAACACAAGAAGAAGAAUGUAACAACACAAUCUGAAGAGGAAUACACACUGUCGGCCGCCGUAGUGUGUGUGGAGGACAACCCGAAGAACUUGGUCGCGUAUAUACAGACCGCGGCCAAGGACGUCGAGCCUGUGUGGUAUCUGUUCAACGAUCUCAGCAUCGUCCCGGUGCCGGCGGACGAGGUGGUGCAGUUCGGCGCGUGGUGGAAGACGCCGUGCGUGCUGUUCUACAGCGCCGCCAGCGCCCGCCACCAGCCCGCCUCAUAGCCGGGGCUCUUGUAUGGACCUUAUAGCCAUGGUGCUAUAAUAGGUCCAUACGUAAUGAGCGAGAUGUACUACCCAGUACCGACGCAGGCGCACUACAAUUACGUUCAAUAAAACUAUAAUAAAUAAAAAAACAAUUCCAUUAAUAUAAGCUCAAGAAACGUUCGGCGGCACAAAAUUAUGUGAACAAAUGUACGAACUGAAAUAUAUGAUAGUAUGUGUAAAUUGUCGCGAUUUUAGCUAAUUAGUCCUACAGGGUCAAAAAGACGUAAGUAUGGAUUUAUAGGAUUCUAAGAGUCUGGGGGUAUUGGCAUAUAUCCUACUGACUUGAUUAAGGAGUCCUUAACCCGUUGUAUGUCGGAGCACAGAUAUAAGCGAGACACAAAUGAUUUUCUGUUGUUUUAUAAUUAGCGACAUACAAGAGGUUAGCAGUACUUUAGUUCGAGAAGAUUCUAAGCUAUGUUUCUUUCAUAUUUAAUUUAUUUAUUUCAAGUGUUUUUUUUGCUAAAUUUAAGCUCAACGUACUUACGCCUUUUUAGUACUGUGGGAACGAAAUAUUAUGUAAAAUCUAUUUAGUUACGAAAUAAAGAAGUUUUUAUAUUCAUGCAGAUUCUACUCAUAUGAAAGGCGGCUGUCUUGUCUCAAAACUUGUGGAUUAUUACACGUACAGCCUUAUUUUUAGGAUAGUGCGAUCCUGAAAUAAGAAUUUUCAAAAUCAUUCCGAAAAAUCAAUUGGUGUGAUUUUUAUACCAUGUUAUAUAAUUUGAAUAUAAAUAAAUAAAUAUUGCUUGCAUACUAAACACUGUUAAUGAUGUGAAAAUUAAUGAUCAUAUUAUUUAAAUUUAUUUCGGCGCAUAACAGAUCUUCGCUACUAAAAAUAAGUUGUAUGUUUUUACAUCGCAGUUGUACUUAGCUACAAACGCGAUAACAUGUGCCUAAAUGCUUAUUAAAUACGGAAAUAUGUAUUCCUCGUUGCCUAAUAAAUGUGUAAUCUACCUCAAAACGUAUUCCGUUCCUAUAGAAAUAUCGAUAUUCUCCAAGUUUUGAGAUUCGGUGGCUGUAGUGUGUAUUUUUAUAAAUGUAAUGUGAAGUUUAGUAAAGGAAAACUAAAGAGAUGAGAUUUCUAUUGACUCGAGAUUGUUCUAGAUUAUUGGUAGGUAAAUGAAUGAUGUUGUAACUGAAUGUCUUGAAUGAUUUGUUUGUUGUCCCACCUCAUUGGUUAUUUUGUGAGGGUGGUUUGAGACUUUGAGGUUAAACUCGAGGUUUGAAACCGCUCUAAAUCAUUGGGUGCGCAUACGCAAGUAUGUAAUGCAAAAACAAUAGUUUGAUCAGAUAUGUUUUCUUUAAACAGCUUAUUAUUAAUAUUCAUUGCUUAUUUAAAGCUACAGUUACCUUUUUUAUCAUGUUAGUUUUUUUUCCAAGCAAUUGACCUAAAAUUGAAAGUUAAAUCAUCUCUUAUAAUUUACACAGAACGCCAUUGUUUUGCGUUUGUUCACAAUAUUGUAAUAUUUUACUCAGUAUGAUUUGUAUAGAUGUAAGAAUUUAUUUAUUUUGGUUGUGAUAUUACAAGUAAAUUAGCGAAUUACAAAAUUUUGUCUCUUCCACUAAAUGAUAUGUCCAUUGAACAGAGCAAUAAGAAUCUAGACUACACGCGAGCAAACCUUGGCAUAAAGGCGUAUCUGUAUUUUGCAGCAAUGUUAGUUACGCCCUUUUUCUUGACGUUAGAACAUUUCCCAUUUGGCAGUUAUACAAUAUGGCUGACUUAAGUUAUCUUCUCGCAAAUCCAUGUUUCGAACAAAUUUAAAUUUUGUGUUGCGAUUCCUGAUUUUUAAGGAAUCCAUAGUUGUAGCUAACGGUAAAGCUCUUGAUAGUCUAGAAAAAAAUGUUAAAUAUAUCCCCACCCCUUCAGUAAUAUAUCUUCCUCCAAACGAGUUUAUAUCUUGUGUUGUUCGGUGAAAGCGACUGACUGAAAAGUUUAUUAUUCGUUUAAACGGAGUCGAGAGAUUAGUCAUUAUGUUAUUUAAUAUGAAUGCGGUAGUGCGGUUAAUAUGUUGCAUGAUAUAAAGAUGUUAUUUUGUAACUCUGCGCAAGCUUUUGUGCACAAGUAGACUUGUGUUUACUUGCACAAGAAGCUUGCUGGUGCACAAUGUGCAUAAGACUAGCUAAGGCUAUGAAAAUGUCGACUUCAAACAUUUAAAUGUUGCUUUGAAACACUGCGAUUAUUUGUGCAGUAACGUCUUCUAUUUUUUUAAGCUGUUGAGUGUGUUUUGAAAGCGUAAUUUAUCGCAAAGCUAAAUAAUUGCAUCAGUGACCGCAGUGUUGUCUCAGCUCUAUUUCAACUGAAAACAAUUCCGCUUGUACCUACACGGUGGCUGGUUUUUAAUAAAACGAAUGUUAAAGCA